GCCUCUGCCCUUGCAAUCCCCAGCCCCCUGACACCAGACCCAUCUGGUGACAAAAACGUCGGCAAUGGCAACGGCGUCCAGUUCAUCGGCGGAGCCUGCCUCAACAGCAAAGACUGCGCCUCGACCUGCUGCGCAACCCUGAACGGCGCCGGCAUCUGCUCCGGACUCGGAGCUCAGUUCCAAGCAGGCAAAACAGGAUGUGGAUUCGGUGAUGGUGGCACUGCUGCUGGCCCCGCUGCGUCCCAAGGAGCAGGCCAGGCCACACCGUCCAUGGAGGCAGCCGCUGGGAGCUCUGCUGCAGGUGCUGGCUCUUCGGGCGCUCCUGGCUCACAGAAUGUUGGCAAAGGAAAUGGGCAGCAAUUCAUCACCGGCCAAUGUCUGUCGAACGCAGACUGUGCUUCUGGAUGCUGUGCCGGGCCCAAGGGAGUAUGCUCAGCGACGGCGGUUGCUAAUGAGGGCGGGAAAACUGGAUGCGGAUUUACGGCGGCAUGA